CCUAUAUCACGAUCGUAGCUCAGCACUGUACGGAACCAUCUGAAGAAAGUUGUCAUCAUUCAAUCGGUAAAAGAACCAACUCGAAAAAGGGAAAACUUUACAGUAACUAAAGUAUUCUUAACUGAUUCAUCAAGUUUGGGGUGGUUAACAUAAUUUUACCGUUACGAGAAUUUCGUGUAUAUAAGGGCAUAUGCUAGGAGGGUGGCAGCAAUGAGCUCAUUUUAUGAAGACUCCCUCUUUCAAAGUCAUCCAUCACCCAACUUGAAUUCAAAAUUAUACCAAAAACAGAUAUGGAUGAAAACACUGGAAACAAGAUUCUGAUAAGGGAAUUCAACGAAAACAAAGGUGUUGAAGUGGUAAUGAAGCUUGAGAAGAGUUGUGAGACAGCAGCUCAGAAAGGGAUGUCAAUAAUCAGUAACAUAAGUGGUGAUCCUUUAAGCAGGAUUAGGUUCUACCAUGUUCAUGUAAUGCUGGUUGCAGAGCUGCAAAAAAAGGGAGAGAUAGUCGGAAUGGUUCGAGGAUGCAUCAAGUAUGUGGGGACUAAAUUUUGGGGAGGACAUGUCAAGUUAGGUUGCAUACUAGGCCUUAGGGUCUCUCCUAGGCACCGGCGAAUGGGAAUCGGAUCGAAACUUGUCCAAUCAAUGGAAGAAUGGCUGAAGAGAAAUGGUGCACAAUACACUUUCCUAGCCACAGAGGAGAAAAACGUUGCCUCCAGAAAUCUCUUCACUCUGAGAUGUAACUACAUCAAAUCCAGCUCAUUAGUCAUCUAUCUCCAACCAGUUAGUCUACUGCCCAAAAAUCUAGCUCAAGGCAUUACAAUAGAGAGAUUGUCCAUAAAUCAGGCCAUCCCCUUUUACAAUAAUCAUCUACAAGCCAAAGACAUAUAUCCUUCGGAUAUUGACAAAAUUUUGAAGGAAAACCUUAGCCUUGGAACGUGGGUAUGUUACGUCAAAGAAGAGGGUUGGAUUGAUUUGCAUAACAAAGAGAAGACCGAGGACACGGGCGGUAAAACGGCAAGCUCUUGGGCUAUUUUUAGCAUUUGGAAUAAAUGUGAGGCUUGUAACCUUCAAGUAAGGUCUAAUGAGCUAAAAUUUACUCUAAGCAAAGCAAGAGUGAAGAUAAUCCCUUGCCUUAAAAUGCAAAGAUGUGAAUCAACUAAGAGACCCUUUGGCUUUUUCUUACUUUAUGGGAUUCAUGGAGAGGGAGAUAGGCUUGGGGACCUAAUGGCAUCUAUAUGGGGUUUUGCUUCAAGAUUAGCUGAGAAUGUCAAGGAAUGUAAGGCAAUAAUGGUGGAGUUAGGGGUCUCUGAUCCUCUGAGAGAAUUUGUCCCAAAAAGCUCUACCAUGUCAUGCAUCAAUGAUCUUUGGUAUCUUAAGAGACUCAAUAGCCACGGUUAUGAGGACGAAGAUGAUAUGGUUGCUAAGGGACCCAUGGGGAAUGUGUUUGUUGAUCCAAGAGAUUUUUAGGCUGACCUCAAAUUUCUGUUCUAAUGUGCCACAAACCCUCAAAAGGACAAACGCAAAAACUUGGAAGUGCUGUCAUUUCCAAGUUUAUGCAUGGUGAAUAGCUUGUUCUUAAGGAGGAUCCAGAACUUCUAAUGAUGAUGUCUCCGACUAUCCCGAUUCGGGAUAGGAUCGUUUCUUCCUGGUUUGUAACUCUGUCUUGUGUUAUAUGAAUUCCUGGUCCUCAUAUAGGCUAUGGUAUGUAAUGUUAAUUUGGCUUUAUUAUGC